GUGGUCCUUUCUGAAUAUUCAAAAGAUGUACGUAUCAUGAAAUAAUGCCACUCAUGUUUUCUAGUGUGAAGAAGCAUGAAACAUACCAUGCAUGCAUGCACCCAUCAAAUCCAAGGAAGCAUGUUGGGUUUAGGCAAUUUGUUGCCAGGUAUGUAUGGUAUGGUAUUCAAUUUAAACAACCAUGACAUAUAUACAUAAUAAAUCUCAAGGAGGCAGUGUUGCCGAGCCGACGAUGAUUUAAUACUAUAGGUGAUAUUCUCAAGAUUUGGGAUUUGGAUUUUGGUGACCGUCAUAAAUUCAUUUUUUCAUUUUGCCGCAUGCUGACAGCUGCUACAUAAUUCUUGUUUAUUUUUUAUCUCGUUUAUUGAUGAAGCCGUAUUUGAAGUUUUUCUUAUGUAAUGUAAUACUGAAGAAGAAAUUGUGAAUUGAAUUUGGAGAAAACUGUAUCAUCGUAUAUCUUUCGUACGGUUAAUUUUAAGUUGGUAAUUUAUGUUCAAUUUGGUCAAAUAGGUCAUUUAAAAUGGGACCCUCCAGGGAGGGAGUAAUAUUAUAUCAUAUGUGAUGCAUAACAUAACAAACAAACAAAUUGAAUACUAGAGUGACUAUAAAUGAGAUAAAUUCAGUGAGUCGGCGGUAGGUAGGUAGCUAUGUUUGGUAUAUGCAAUGUGCGGCGUGUGUGCACGAUCAAUGUUGGAAGACAGAGUGCAAGUACAACAAGUACUAGGGGAAGUGUAACCAACACCUACACCAAGCCCAAAGUGAAAGACCCCGACAUCCUUAAAUGGAACCAAGCCAUUUCUACCCACAUGCGCAAUGGUCACUGCGACUCUGCUCUCCAUGUCUUCAACACCAUGCCUCGCCGAAGCUCCGUCUCCUACAAUGCCAUGAUAUCUGGCUACUUGAGGAAUUCCAACUUCAACCUUGCAAGGGAACUGUUUGAUCAAAUGCCUGAAAGAGACUUGUUUUCCUGGAAUGUAAUGCUUACCGGCUAUGUCAGGAACCGCAGGCUUGCCGAUGCACGCAGAUUGUUUGAUUUAAUGCCUCACAAGGAUGUUGUUUCCUGGAAUUCUUUGUUGUCUGGAUAUGCCCAGAAUGGCUAUGUUGAUGAGGCAAGGGAGGUUUUUGAUAAUAUGCCUCAUAAGAAUUCCAUCUCUUGGAAUGGCCUGCUUGCUGCCUAUGUUCACAAUGGCAGAUUUGCAGAGGCUUGUAAGUUGUUUGAGUCCAAAUCAGAUUGGGAAUUGAUUUCCUGGAACUGUUUGAUGGGUGGGUUUGUCAGGAAAAAGAUGUUAUGUGAUGCUAGGCGCCUUUUUGACAGUAUGCCUGCUAGGGAUGCAAUCUCCUGGAAUACUAUGAUUUCAGGUUAUGCCCAGAAUGGAGAUUUGUCGCAGGCUAGGAGCUUGUUUGAUGAAUCUCCAACACGGGACGUGUUCGCAUGGACGGCUAUGGUAUCUGGAUAUGUGCAAAAUGGAAUGCUGGAUGAAGCUAGAUUUUUUUUUGAUGAAAUGCCUCAGAAAAAUGAAGUUUCAUACAAUGCAAUGAUUGCGGGUUAUGUGCAAUCCAAGAAAAUGGACAUUGCAAGGGAGUUGUUUGAGACCAUGCCUUGUCGGAAUAUAAGUUCAUGGAAUACCAUGAUUACAGGCUACAGUCAGAAUGGGGACAUUGCUCAGGCUAGAAAAUUGUUUAAUAUGAUGCCGCAGCGUGACUGUGUAUCUUGGGCGGCUAUUAUUGCUGGUUAUGCUCAGAGCGGUCACUAUGAGGAGGCUCUGCACAUGUUUGUAGAGAUAAAACGGGACGGAGAAAGUUUAAAUAGGGCUACCUUUGGUUGUGCCUUGAGCACAUGUGCUGAUAUUGCUGCAUUGGAGUUGGGGAAACAAAUUCAUGGGCAGGCCGUGAAGACGGGAUAUGAGACUGGGUGUUUCGUGGGGAAUGCGCUUCUUGCAAUGUAUUUUAAAUGUGGAAGCAUAGACGAAGCUAAUGACGUCUUUGAAGGAAUAGAGGAGAAAGAUGUCGUCUCUUGGAACACGAUGUUAGCUGGUUAUGCAAGACAUGGAUUUGGCAGACAGGCUUUAAUGAUAUUUGAUUCAAUGAAGACAACAGGUGUUAAGGCUGACGAGAUUACCAUGGUAGGUGUUCUUGCUGCUUGUAGUCAUAAUGGCUUGCUAGAAAGGGGAACUGAAUACUUCUAUUCAAUGAGUAAAGAUUAUGGCAUAACACCAAAUUCAAAACAUUAUACUUGCAUGAUUGAUCUUCUUGGCCGAGCGGGCCGCUUGGAAGAAGCACAAAACUUAAUGCGAAACAUGCCCUUUGAGCCAGGUGCUGCUUCAUGGGGAGCUCUACUUGGUGCCAGCCGGAUUCAUGGCAAUACUGAACUGGGCGAGAAGGCUGCUGAGAUGGUUUUUAAGAUGGAACCUCAGAACUCGGGAAUGUAUGUCCUCCUUUCAAAUCUAUAUGCAGCUUCGGGAAGAUGGGUUGAUGCUGAUAAGAUGCGGGCGAAAAUGAGGGAUGUUGGUGUACAGAAAGUACCUGGCUAUAGUUGGGUUGAGGUGCAAAACAAGAUUCAUACGUUCUCAGUUGGGGAUUGUUCCCAUCCAGACAAAGAGAGAAUAUAUGCCUUCUUAGAAGAGCUAGAUCUAAAAAUGAGGGAAGAGGGAUACUUUUCUUCAACAAAACUGGUUCUACAUGAUGUGGAAGAGGAAGAGAAGGAGCAUAUGCUCAAGUAUCACAGUGAAAAACUAGCUGUAGCUUUCGGAAUUCUGACCAUACCAGCUGGCAGACCAAUCCGCGUCAUGAAAAACUUGCGUGUGUGUGAAGACUGUCAUAGUGCCAUCAAGCACAUAUCAAAGAUUGUUGGAAGGUUGAUAAUCUUAAGGGAUUCUCACCGCUUUCACCACUUCAACGAUGGCAGUUGUUCUUGUGGGGAUUAUUGGUAAUAUGGAGAGCUCAAGGAUAUGGUAAAAAAUAACACUUUCUGGGCCUAUUAUAUUGCCAUCGAAUCGUUAUGGAAUUAGUGUCCAUGUGAAUUAGCUGGUUGGAAGAUAUGAGCUAACCAACUCAGACUACUUCAUACUUGACCAAAAGGGGGUACAUAUCGAUGAAAGUUUGAAUUCAAUCUAUCUUUCAAUAAUUAUAUCAGAGAACGCAAACCACUGAAAUUAAAAAGAUAGCAUGAAAUGCAUAGAAUGUAGCAAGAAUAAGCUGAUUUAUCAGACAGCUAGAGAGAUGCUCUUCAUAAAAUAUUGGCAACUUGUUAAAGUGCUUCGUACACAAUAUGGAAGCAGGAAACUGGGGCGCAACAGCAACUUCUGACAAUCUUAGGCUGCUACACACUGAUUGCACCCCCAUACAAUAUUAUGAAAUGCUUCAAUUUGUUUAUAUACUUUGUAUUUAGUACUUUGUAUGUAUAGUAGGGUUCAUUGCAAUAAUCCUAUUUUGUAUAUUAACCAUACCAAAAAAAAAAAAAAAAAAAGCUCAGUCUGAGAAAAUACUCUCUGAUUUAAUCCCUUACAAUAUUAUGAAAUGCUUCAUUUUUUUACUUCUCGCCUUAUCAUAAAAUGUCCUAUUCCAAGUA